AUGAGCCCCCACCGGCCGACCGAUUUGACAACAGGGGGCACAAACAAGCACACAUUACAUCUUAGACAAUUAUUUUUAAGAUAUGAUCAGGAUGCGACCGUAGAAGAUGAUCUAUGUGAAGAAGAGAUGAAAGCACUGGACAAGAUUCUGCAGUACCUGUCGGAUCUGGCUUCAAACUACUCUGACACAGUGACGGUAGAGUCCAUCGGGAACAGCUACGCAGGCCGCGAUCUGGAUAUCAUCAAGAUAUCCUCCGGAGGUGACGACACCAGGCCUGUUAUACUGAUCGACGCGGGCAUCCACGCCAGGGAGUGGAUCGCGCCUGCUGCUGCCCUCUAUGUCAUCAACCAGCUGGUCGAGAACCCUGCAGAAAGUGCGCUGACAGACAACGUCGAUUGGCACAUCGUCCCCGUGCUCAACCCUGAUGGUUACGAGUACACCUUCAAAGAGGACCGAAUGUGGAGGAAGACCCGAUCCACUGAAAUUACAGGAUGCGUUGGAGUGGAUGGUAACAGGAACUUUAAUUUUCACUGGAAUGAGACGGGCUCCAGCAACGACCCCUGUUCUGACACUUAUGCUGGGCCUAUGGAUUUCUCCGAGGUGGAGACCAGUUAUCUGAGGAACCACAUCAACAGGAACAUCGAUCGUAUCAAGCUCUACCUUACGUUCCACAGCUAUGGCCCUUACAUGCUUUACCCCUGGGGCUACACUAGCGAAUUGCCUGACGACUGGGAAACUCUGGACGCCUUGGGACAAGAAGCAAUUGAAGCCCAGCAGGCAGUGGGAGGGCCUAACUACACCAUUGGCAGCAUCUACAACGUCAUGUACGCAGCGUCUGGCGUGAGCAACGACUGGGUGAAAGGUGUGCCCGGAGUGAACCUCUCCUUCGUCACUGAACUGCCUGGUGGCGGAGACACAGGUUUCGACCCUCCAGCAUCCGACAUCCUCAGCAUUGUGACACCAUUCUUUGAAGCAAUUCGUGUUUUCGGACAAUAUGUUGCUGACAACUACGGAUAAAAAAAGACUGCGUGCUGAAGCAGCGUCUAUAACUGAGACUUGAUGCUUUAUAAUAAAUACUAUUUCGUGAAUCAUA